GGGAGAAGCCAUGUGUGAGCUAGGGAGCCCUCAUCUUCUAACCAAGCUGGCCGGGCUAUUUAAUCAAUGCUGAUCCAAGAACAGGAGCAGAACGUUACCUAGCAGACCUUGAGGUUUUGCAUUGGUGCCACGGACCCAUAUGAGCCUGCUGCUGGAUGGCCAAGCCCCCAUGGAGGCUCAGUAUGCAGAGGAGAGUCCAGGAUCCUGGAUCUUCAGAGCAGAGCCAGGAGACCCACUGCGGAGGCCCGAGGCCCAGCAGCAACCCAUCUCUUGGGCAGGGCGCUGGUGCACAGGGCGGCGCGGCUGGGCGGCGUUCGGAGCCCUGGCGUUGCUGGCUGGUGCAAGCAUUGGCUCCUGGCUUCUAGCGCUGUAUCUGUGGCCGGCUGCCCCUCAGCCUGUUCCCGGGACCCUGCAGGAUGAGGAUAUGAGCUUAAACUGCUCGGAGGCCAGCGGUGAGGAAGCCCUGCUCCCCUCGCUUCCCAGAGCAGUGUCUUUCAGAAUAAACACCGAGGACUUCUUGCUGGAAGUGCAGGUGAGGGCCGGGCCAGACUGGCUCCUGGUCUGCCAUGAGGGCUGGAGCUCUGCCCUGGGGGUACGGAUCUGCCGGAGCCUUGGGCAUCUCAGACUCACAGACCACAAGGCAGUGAACCUGUCUGACAUCAGGCUCAACAGCUCCAGGCAGUUUGCUCAGCUCUCUCCUAGACUGGGAGGCCUCCCGGAGGAGGUGUGGCAGCCCAGGGGCAGCUGUACUUCUGGUCAAAUUGUUUCCCUCAGAUGCUCUGAGUGUGGGACCAGGCCCCUGGCUUCCCAGAUAGUGGGCGGGCAGGCGGUGGCUCCCGGGCGCUGGCCCUGGCAGGCCAGCGUGGCCCUGGGUGCCCGGCACACAUGCGGGGGCUCCGUGCUGGCCCCGCACUGGGUGGUGACCGCGGCGCACUGUGUGCACAGUUUCAGGCUGUCCCGCCGGUCCAGCUGGCGGGUCCAUGCGGGGCUGGUCAGCCACAGCACGGUCAGGCCGCACCAGGGGGCUGUGGUGGAGCGGAUCAUCGCCCACCCUCUGUACAGUGCCCAGAGCCACGACUACGACGUGGCCCUCCUGCAGCUCCGGACCCCGCUCCACUUCUCAGACACCGUGGGCGCCGUGUGCCUGCCGGCUGAAGAGCAGGAUUUUCCAAGGGGCUCGCAGUGCUGGGUAUCUGGCUGGGGCCACACUGACCCCAGCCACACCCACAGGUCGGACACGCUCCGGGACACGGUGGUGCCCCUGCUCAGCACCCAGCUCUGCAACAGCUCUUGCGUGUACAGCGGGGCCCUCACGCCCCGCAUGCUGUGUGCCGGCUACCUGGACCAGAGGGCCGACGCGUGCCAGGGGGACAGCGGGGGUCCCCUGGUGUGCCUGGACAAGGGCACGUGGCGCCUGGUGGGGGUGGUCAGCUGGGGCCGCGGCUGCGCAGAGCCCAACCACCCCGGCGUCUACGCCAAGGUUGCCGAAUUCCUGGACUGGAUCCAGGACACGGCGCAGCCCAGGACUCCCUCCCCUGUUCCUGUUGUUUCCUCAGUCUCAUUGCAUACCAGCCUCAUGUUUCCUGGGGUCUCUGGCAGGUCCACUAGAUGGAGGAGAAGCAGCAGCCCCAGAUGCAGAAGGUGGGGGAAGUGCCUCCCUACAGACCCAGGCUGGGAAGCUCCUGGGCAGAUGGGGUCAAGGCUGGACCAGCCCAGGUGAAGCCCAUGGAGUCAGGAUCCGCCCCACUCUUCUGUCGAUCUCACCUACUUCCUGCUCUCACUUGGCUCUGACUGGCCCUGCUGGGGCGGGGGCACUGUAAGAACCCUCUGCUUGGUGUUGGAACAGGGUGUAGGUUUUAAAUGACAGUUCUGUGAACUGGUCCAGGUCUUCUGGUAUUAAAGUGAAAUGAUGUAUGGCCUUGGUCCCGUCCUCCCCCCACCCCCUUCUCUCUCUUUCUCUCACACCCACAUUAAGGGGUAGUAGAAUUACAAUUUUCCUCCCAUACAUGUAUGUUUCUUAAAGCUCUGGAACUGACUCCUGCUCAUAUAAUUCUGUACACUUGUUAAAUCUACAUGUCAUGAUUGACAACAGAAAGCCCCAGCCUUCCAGGUGCUCUGAUGCUGCAAGUCUGAGUGCCACUGAGUCAGUGCUCCCUCCGGGAGGGUCUGGCUUCCCCACGAGACCCAUCUCUCCUCAGCUCUUGUUUCAGGACUGGGCCUUCUGGCUCGGGAGACGUCUUUCUGAGUUUCUGCCCAGUUAGCAUUUUCCUGGUUAAGCUUCUCCCCCACUCUCUCCUCU